AUGGCAGAAUUUCCAGGAAAGCUCAGCGGCAAAGUGGCCCUCAUCACAGGUGGCGGCUCCGGCUUUGGUGCUGGUAUCGUUGCAAAGUUCAUCUCGGAAGGUGCCCGAGUAGUGAUUGUGGAUGUCGACGAGACCCUUGCACAAAAACAAGCCCAAAAAUAUCCUCCUGGAUCUGUUGUCGCUAUUGGGGGCGACGUCAGCCUGGAAAAAGAUUGGGCAUCAGCUCUCAACGCAGCUUUGGCUACCUUUGGAGUGCUGGACGUCGUUGUAAACAAUGCCGGCGUUCUUCACAAAGCACAGCCAUCUACCGAUAUAAGCGAGGCUGAGUACGAUCGGAUCAUGACAAUCAAUGUCAAGCAGUUGCUAUGGACUACCAAGGUGGUGGUGCCAUACUUCACCAAACACCAGAGACCAGGGACCUUCAUCAACAUCUCCAGCAUCAGUGGGCUGAGGCCGAGGCCAAACCUGGUCUGGUAUGCAGCGAGUAAAGGGGCAGUCAAUGCAGCAACAAAGGGUUUGGCCAUUGAGUUUGCUAAACGAAACCUACGCUUCAAUGCCAUUCUUCCAGCUGUGGGAGACACCAGCAUGACACCCCUCUUCCUGGGUCACGAUAAUAACCCAGAGGCGAAUGAGAGAAUGAUCAGUUCGAUCCCUCUCGGUCGGCUCUGUCAACCUUUUGAUGUUGCCGGUGCCGCGUCCUAUCUAGCUAGCGACGAUGCUUCUUUCCUUACCGGCGUCUGCUUAGAGGUAGACGGGGGUCGAGGUAUAUAA